AUGACAAUAUUUAACACUCGAUCAACUACAAUAACAACUCCUGAAUCUAUGAGCGAGGAAAGCAGUAGCAGUUUGGCACGUCAACUGUCCAGCGCACAUGCAGCUGUAGGAGAGGCAGCCUCGAGCAAUGUCUUGGACAGCAAUGUCGUAUUUCCUGUAGGCAGUAUGUUGGAAUGUCGAAAUGUGUUGAACUCCACGACGGUUGGUCAGGUGAUCUGCUCAGAUCAACCGACCCGACUUCUUGUUCUAAGAGAUACUUCAGGACCAGGUAAAGUACCGUUGGUACGUAUCGUCAAUCUGGCGCUUGUUGCACAGGUAACAUGUUUGAAAGAUAAAGGAGGUGACCAAUCUUUGCCUUGGCCAAAUUUGCAGAUAUCCACAAAGCAAGUGCAAGAACGAAUGAAUCGUGCAAUAGCACGAAAGAAAGCAUCCAUAAUGCAAACUAAUGUAUCGCUUGAGGGACAACGAGCUUUCAUUCAUCUCAGGAAAACACUGGAACAUAGGGUGGAAUGGUCAGGUAAUAAUAUCAAAGUACUCAAUCGUGUAUUAAUCCAUCCACCAUAUGCAGCUGAUUCCAUUGAACCUAUUGGUGAUGUCAGCGAUACAGCAGUCGCUUUAGCAAGAGAACAUGUUCGCAAAAUCUUAACGAAAUAUCGCAGUACUCAACAGACAGCUACUCCUAAUGACGAUGCACCUGCAGAUCCUACACCGUCACAUUAA